CGGAGCUCAGAAACUGCCAGCGAGAUCACAAGCUCAGAGGCUGAAGCAGGAGCAAGGACUGGAAAGAAAAGAGGUUAGAGGGAAAGCGGCUGGGGAAGGAACCAGUGGAGCAGCAACUGCUCGUUACACUGAAAGGCAAGAAACGGUGGCGUUGAGGACAGAAGAGAACAAGACGAUGAGAGCCAAACAAUACCAGUAGAGCCAAAGAGGGAGAGAAAUGUCAAGAACAUUCAUCCGGAGAGAUGAAGAGAAUGAAAGUUUUAUGCUGCAGAGCCGUUCUGUGCUUUUCCGGCACCAAAUGCUCUCGCUGUUUCUAAGCCCUCUCGCAUUUGCCAGCCGUUGACAUUACGAGGCAUGUUGAACAGCACCAGCAGCAUCUCCUCUUCCUCCUCCUCUUCAUCUUCCUCCUCCUUUUCCUCCUUCUCCUCCCAUCAGCAAGAAGACAAACCGAGGACAGUCCUGAAACAUCGACAUCUCCUUGGGAUUUGCCAUCGCCGCGUUGCGCCAAGACUGUCGGGAUAAAGGACGCUGACUAUUGUAUUAUCGUUAUUUUAUUAAUUGGUCAGCUAGAAGAUUACAGAUGAGGAUAGGGGACGCCGGUCACCCUUCCUGCGCUGAGAUUGAAAAAUGAGGCUGGACUGGGGGAAGAUCUAAAAUGAUGCAAAAGGAAUCAGAUUUUUAAAGACAGAAAAUCACUCCACCGUAGCGCACUUUUAUUUGUAAUAUCAUAGCUGUUAUUAUUGGGGAGGGGGGAUUUUUCGCUUUCUUUUUUCCUGUGGUGGUGGGGGAGGUGAUCGGGUGGCUGAGUAGCUACGGGAAGCUGCUUCCUUCCCGUUUGGAGAUGAUUGUGCUAUUAUUCUUUGCUUUGCUCUGGAUGGUGGAAGGAGUCUUUUCUCAGCUUCACUACACGGUACAGGAGGAGCAAGAACAUGGUACUUUCGUGGGGAAUAUCGCUGAAGAUCUGGGCUUGGACAUUACAAAACUUUCGGCUCGCAGGUUUCAAACGGUGCCCAACUCACGAACCCCUUACUUGGACCUCAACCUGGAGACCGGGGUGCUGUACGUGAACGAGAAGAUUGACCGCGAGCAGAUCUGCAAGCAGAGCCCCUCCUGUGUCCUGCACCUGGAAGUCUUCCUGGAGAACCCCCUGGAGCUGUUCCGAGUGGAGAUCGAAGUGCUGGACAUCAAUGACAACCCUCCCGCCUUUCCGGAGCCGGACCUGACGGUGGAAAUCUCCGAGAGCGCCACACCAGGCACUCGCUUUCCCUUGGAGAGCGCCUUCGACCCAGACGUAGGCACCAACUCCCUACGCGACUACGAGAUCACCCCCAACAGCUACUUCUCCCUGGACGUGCAGACCCAGGGGGAUGGCAACAGAUUCGCCGAGCUGGUGCUGGAGAAACCCCUAGACCGAGAACAGCAAGCGGUGCACCGCUACGUGCUGACCGCGGUCGACGGGGGAGGAGGAGGAGGGAAGGGAGGAGGAGGAGAAGAAGGAGGGGGAGGCCCCGGGGGAGCGGGCCUGCCUCCCCAGCAACAGCGCACCGGCACGGCCCUACUCACCAUCCGAGUGCUGGACUCCAACGACAAUGUCCCCGCAUUCGACCAACCCGUCUACACUGUGUCCCUGCCAGAGAAUUCCCCCCCGGGUACGCUCGUUAUUCAGCUCAAUGCUACAGACCCAGAUGAAGGCCAGAAUGGAGAGGUCGUGUACUCCUUCAGCAGCCACAUUUCGCCCCGGGCUAGGGAGCUUUUCGGACUCUCCCCGCGCACUGGGAGACUGGAGGUGAGCGGUGAGCUGGACUUUGAAGAAAGCCCGGUGUACCAGGUGUACGUGCAAGCCAAGGACCUGGGCCCCAACGCCGUGCCUGCUCACUGCAAGGUGCUAGUACGAGUGCUGGAUGCCAACGACAAUGCGCCAGAGAUCAGCUUCAGUACCGUGAAGGAGGCGGUGAGCGAGGGCGCGGCACCCGGCACGGUGGUGGCCCUGUUCAGCGUGACCGACCGCGACUCUGAAGAGAACGGGCAGGUGCAGUGCGAGCUGCUGGGGGACGUGCCGUUCCGCCUCAAGUCUUCCUUCAAGAAUUACUACACCAUCGUGACUGAGGCCCCCCUGGACCGAGAGUCCGGAGACUCCUACACCCUGACUGUGGUGGCCCGCGAUCAGGGCGAGCCCUCUCUCUCCACCAGUAAGUCGAUCCAGGUCCAGGUGUCAGAUGUUAAUGACAACGCGCCGCGCUUCAGCCAGCCUGUCUACGACGUGUAUGUGACCGAAAACAACGUGCCGGGAGCCUAUAUCUACGCUGUAAGUGCCACUGACCGCGACGAGGGCGCCAAUGCCCAACUGGCAUACUCCAUCCUUGAGUGCCAGAUUCAAGGCAUGAGCGUCUUCACCUAUGUGUCCAUCAACUCCGAGAACGGCUACUUGUACGCGCUACGCUCCUUUGACUAUGAGCAGCUCAAGGACUUCAGCUUUCAGGUGGAAGCCCGAGACGCCGGUAGCCCCCAGGCGCUGGCGGGCAACGCCACGGUCAACAUCCUCAUCGUGGAUCAGAAUGACAACGCCCCUGCCAUAGUGGCGCCCCUACCAGGGCGCAACGGGACUCCGGCGCGCGAGGUUCUGCCCCGCUCUGCCGAGCCGGGCUACCUGCUCACCCGCGUGGCUGCAGUAGACGCGGACGACGGUGAGAACGCACGGCUCACCUACAGCAUCGUGCGAGGCAAUGAAAUGAACCUAUUUCGCAUGGACUGGCGCACCGGGGAGCUCCGCACCGCGCGCAGGGUUCCGGCCAAGCGCGACCCCCAGCGGCCUUACGAGCUGGUGAUCGAAGUGCGCGACCAUGGGCAGCCGCCCCUGUCCUCCACCGCCACCCUAGUGGUGCAGCUGGUGGACGGCGCCGUGGAGCCCCAGGGCGGAGCCGGGGCAGGCGGCGGAGGAGCCGGUGAACACCAGCGACCAAGCCGCUCUGGCAGCGGGGAGACCUCGCUAGACCUCACUCUCAUCCUCAUCAUCGCGCUCGGGUCGGUGUCCUUCAUCUUCCUGCUGGCCAUGAUCGUGCUGGCCGUGCGCUGCCAGAAAGAGAAGAAGCUAAACAUCUACACGUGUUUGGCCAGCGACUGCUGCCUCUGCUGCUGCUGCUGCGGCGGUGGGGGCGCGACCUGCUGUGGCCGCCAAGCACGGGCGCGCAAAAAGAAACUCAGCAAGUCGGACAUCAUGCUGGUGCAAAGCUCCAACGUGCCCAGCAACCCGGCUCAGGUGCCGGUGGAGGAGUCCAGCGGCUUCGGCUCCCACCACCACAACCAGAAUUACUGCUACCAGGUGUGCCUGACCCCGGAGUCCGCCAAGACCGACCUGAUGUUCCUGAAGCCCUGCAGCCCCUCGCGGAGCACGGACACUGAGCACAACCCCUGCGGGGCCAUAGUCACCGGGUACACCGACCAGCAGCCCGACAUAAUCUCCAAUGGAAGCAUUUUGUCCAACGAGACUAAACACCAGCGAGCAGAGCUCAGCUAUCUAGUUGACAGACCUCGACGAGUUAACAGUUCUGCAUUCCAGGAAGCCGACAUAGUAAGCUCUAAGGACAGUGGUCAUGGAGACAGUGAGCAGGGAGAUAGUGAUCAUGAUGCCACCAACCGCGGCCAGUCGGCUGGUAUGGACCUCUUCUCCAACUGCACCGAGGAGUGUAAAGCACUGGGCCACUCAGAUCGGUGCUGGAUGCCUUCUUUUGUCCCCUCUGAUGGACGCCAGGCUGCCGAUUAUCGCAGCAAUCUUCAUGUUCCCGGCAUGGACUCUGUUCCAGACACUGAGGUGUUUGAAACUCCAGAAGCUCAGCCCGGAGCAGAGCGGUCCUUCUCAACCUUUGGAAAAGAGAAGGCCCUGCAUAGCACGCUGGAGAGGAAGGAGCUGGAUGGACUGCUGACUAAUACACGAGCGCCUUACAAACCACCAUAUUUGACACGAAAAAGGAUAUGCUAGUCAAUUCUACAGAACUUACCUGAAGCAGCAUGAUUUGCACAAACUCGACCAACAAAAGCAUCAACUUUUCAACUUCAUUAUCUUGGCCAUCCAGUUAGUUAUGUGUAACUGAGUAUUAGAUUUCCAACGGAGUCAUCGUGGCCAAUUAUAGGACCUAAUUGCUCUCAGCAGGCCUGAGAAAUGAGUUGAAAUGUGCAGAACUGUAGAAACUUUGGAGGCAACUGAUUUUUGCCUCUCCGAUCAGUGUGUGCCUGUUUACAGCACUAUAUAUCUUUCUCUCUCCAAAUGUCACUGAGCCCUUUAGAUGUUUAUAUUCACCACGAGAAGCCAGUCAUAAAGAUAAAGGAAAUUUGUGCAUUAUAAAUGCAAUAUCACUGUUUUAAACUUGACUGUUUUAUAUUAUUUUUGUGUGAUCAAGUGUUCCCCAAACUAUUCCAACUUUACAAGAGAGAUUGUGACUAUGUUUUCACCUGUGGGUUAUAAAAAAAGUUGUAUUCUGAAGACCCACAAAAUAUCAAAGACAUUCUGUAGUUUAUACACCGUGUUGCAAAGUGUUUACUGUACUAUUUCAAAGCUUCUAAAUAAAUAUAAAAUAUAUAUAUUAUAUUA